GGUUACGUCAAAUUAAAAUAUUGGCUUGUUAUCCUUUUACAAUAAAUAUAUAAUCACCUGUAAUUGCUAAUUAAAAUUUGAUUUUGUGAUUGAUUUUCUGACAUAAUGACAUCAGAUAUGGAUACUUCUGUGAGAGGAUUUUCCUUCAUGCCAGAGAUUAAAAUGAAAGAAAUGAACUUGCAGUAUGUAGAAGAUUGUGAACUAGAACAAGUUUGGAGAUCAAAACGUCGAGAACGUCUGAAGCAACAAGAACAAAAGAUAUGGGAGGAGUUCAUCCAAGAACAAGACAUGGUACAAAGCGUCUACAAAAGUGACCCCUAUCAAUUCAUAGAAAAUAUACCUGAAACAUGUCUGCAGGAACUCUUAGAGAAAGAGUUCAAAAAAAGGCAAAAGAAAAAGGUUGAUGAGGAAGAGAAAGAAGAAGACGCAGUUGAAAUAUCCACUACUCCUCCAGAUACUCCAUCAAUUGUUGUCCAAAAUGAUAAGAUAGACAUGGAACGGCAGGAUAUACAAGAAGUCUUACACAUUUUUUAUGAUGAUAAAGACAACGAGGAGUUGUCAGGUAACGAGUUGAAUGAGUCUGGUGGCAGUCCUUUGUGUACCGUCAGGGAGAAUCAGGAAGAGAAGGAAGAGCCGAAAUCACAAGAACCUAGUGCAAGUCCUGAGAAAGUGUCAGUUUCAGGUAAAUCUUCCGGAAACGUGGCAACCAUGGUUGAGAACAGCAUUUACUGCGCGAAGGUGAAGGAGCUUCGAGCCAGAAUCAACGAAGAACUUUUGAGUAUCAUUGCCACAGUGGAACAACAGAACUUAAUCAACAUAGAUCCGGAGGACCUGAAGAAGAUACAGAAGCGUUCAUCGGAGUUUUCUUGUCGAUUUAGCCGCAUACAUUUGUAUCAGUUGCAGAGGCAGAUACAAGAUCUGAAGCGGCAUAGCAGUGCGGCUUCGUUGCCAUUCGGGCAGCACACACAGUUGCAGGCGCAGAUGGUGAGGACUGUGUCGCUCUAUCAGAACCUGUGGCAGGCCUUCUGUGCGUUGCACAAGUGGUUCAGGCAGAGUUUGUGUACGGGCGCCGUGGUGCCGCUGUGCCGCUGCGCCGCGCGCCUGCCACGCGAGCUGCCCGCCUACCCCGCGACAUCGGACCCCUACAACGACAAUUUACUGCAAACUUGCGACCGGUUCGAGGAAACAGUAACCGGACACGGUGAAAGAGCAGACGAAUUGAUAAAAAGUCUCGAGGAUGCUAACAAUCCAUAUGCCAAAAAGCCGAGCAAGAAUAUGGGUAAGAAAAAUCCCAGCAGUGCCUAUUUAAAACCCGGCACCAAAUCAACGUCGAGAGCAGAUGGCAAAUUGUCCAUGUACGCCCUGGAUACGCUUCGAAUCAAUCUGAAAGCGAAGCCCUCAAGUACCAGGGAUAACCUGUCGAGUGCAACAUCCAAAUUGCGCGGAACUGCCAGCAAAGCUCCCGAAAAGCGAGCUCCUGAUAAAAGUAAAACGCCUAAAUAUCGAAGAAAAUCUCCAGUUGCGGCGAGAGCACGUGCGCGGCGAGCUGAGGCCGACGUGCGCACGCUGGUCGAGGCCGUCACUUGCACUUCGAGUCAUGUCAGUUUUGAAGCCAGUCCACAACGCUCCCCAAAUCCAAAAGACCUAACUUACCGCAGUAAGGGAACCAUCCAGAGCGGGAAAAGCAAGGAGACGACUCCCAGAUCGAAACUCCAAGAAACUUCUCGGAAAAGCCAGAAAGUUCCAAACGUGCCCAAGAAUUCGAUUUGUGACGGAAAUUCUACAGUAGAAUCUUGUAGCGAAUUGAGGAAUGAGAAAGUAAACGUAGAAAUUACGAAAAAUUGUAAGGAGUCACCUAGAGCUCACGUGUCACUUAGACAAGAUGGCGCUCAAAGCAGACGAAGUGAAACGGAAAAAGUUAAGACGGAAUCCGACGCGGCGGGGUGCGAAGUUACCAGACUGCUGAGGGAGUUGUGUGGCGGCGACGCUACGGGAAAGAAAAGCGAACGUAUUUCGGGAGCUAAAAACGCCCAACUCCAUUGCGUCAGUAGCAACAGCCCGCGCCAGCCGACCACUCCCCAGCUUCUCCGGAUCUUAGAAGAGACGAUACAAAAGAAAUCGCCGAGGCAGGCGAAACCUCAACCGUUAUCGAGUAAAGACGUGGAGAAGUUCCGCAUGACCUUCAAUAUAACGGAGAAGACGGUGGAGAACCUGUUCCAGUACCGCACAAAGUUCGUCCAGCACAUGCUGUCGAGCGCCAUGUACGCUAACAGCGCCGUGGAGAAACCAUGGGAGAUGGUUAACAGUGUAUCGGAACAAAUCAUUGACGACCUGUUGCUGUCGUGCGCGAAAGAGAUGGAGCUACAGCAAGUUGUUCAACAGCUUUAUAAAUGCGAGACGCAAUGAAUCUAAUAUAUUUUAUACAUCUAUCUAUUGUUUAAAAAUUUCGCUUAUAUUUUAUUUAUUUAAAUUGUUGUAUAUUGUUUCUUAAUAAAAGUUUGCUUAUU